CCUACUUGGCUUCCGUAUACAGCAUGGAUUUUUCAAUGACAUACUGAGCUUUCGUAAGACAGUCUACUUGUACAGGGUGUAAAGAUGUCAUUAACCUUUUUAUUCAGAACAUUAACAAGAGACGUUGCAAAGGUCAGCAGUCUCAAUCUCCAGCAUGUACAGUCACUGCAUAUAGGAUGUCAGCUCCUGGCAGCAGAGAAGGCCCUCCUGAUGAAACUGCGCAAAAGCACCGGCUACACAUUCAUAAACUGCAAGAAAGCACUGGAGAAGUUUGAUAAUGACAUAACACAGGCAGAGACUUGGCUGCAUGAGCAGGCCCAAAAGGAGGGCUGGAGCAAAGCAAACAAGCUAGAGGGUCGCAAAGCCAAAGAGGGUCUGGUUGGUCUAUUUGUCGGAGACAAAGCUGCAGUUCUUGUGGAGGUUAACUGUGAGACAGACUUUGUUGCCCGCAAUGAGAAGUUCCAGCAGCUGGUUAAGGAUGUGGCAUUUGCCACCAUGGCUCACCACCACAACAAAACCCAAAGCCAGACAGGAUAUGUGAAGACUUCCCUGGCAGCUGAUGAACUGAACAAACUCAGUGUGGGUGAAGGAGCGUCACUCGCUGAUCAGGUGGCUCUCACAAUAGGCCGCCUCGGUGAGAACAUGUCACUGAAGCGGGCAGUCACAGUGGGCAUCCCCGCUGAGUGGCACAUCGGCUCGUAUGUACAUGGUGGUGUGAGCGGUCAGACUGAGGUGGCCAUGGGGCGCUACGGUGCCCUGGUUGUAUUCCAGGGUGGAAAACAGGGAGAACAGGAAAUUUUAGGUCGCAAGCUGGGACAGCACAUAGUGGGAGAGGCCCCUGUGUCCCUGGGCAACAUGGAUGACCUGCCCUGCGGCGAGAGUGAGACACGCCUGCUGCCUCAAACCUUCCUGAGUGAUCCGAGCAGGACUGUGGCACAGUUCCUCAGGGGUCAGCAGGCUCGAGUGUUAGACUUUGUCCGAUUUAAGUGUGGCGAGACAGCCAGUGAAGCAGCAGAAUGAUGGGGGGCAAAUCAUUUAUCCAUAUGUCACGUGUCUUUGUUUGAAGAUGAAAUGCAAUUACAGAUUUAUUCACUAACAUUAAGAUAGUCACACAGUGUCAUCAUGAAUUUGAAAGCUGUUUCUGCAGACCUGCCAGCACUGGUGCCUGAGGAAACUAACAGUCCAACAAUAAAAUGUCUUUUUUCUUGAAAUCUCAGUCUGUUUGUAUGUGCCGCACAGUAUAUUAAAUUUCCAGAUU